CAUAGUCUUGGCAGCGUCAGAACUUCAAAUUCAAAACCCAGAUUUUCCGUGAAGUAAUUUUGGCUGUACUGAGCACAUUUUACCUGGAUCAUCUGUGACCUGCCAGUUGCAGGGCAGUGUCUCUGGGUUAAACACAUUUACCUCCAAAAGGUGUUUCUCAGUAGAGUAGAUUAUUUUCUUGAAGCUUAUGAGUUGUACAGCAGAUACAGUGAGCAGAGCACUAGCCGCCCAGAGGGGAAGUAAAACAGUAAAUAAUAUGUUGUGGGUUAUAUUCUCUGAUGAAUGAUGCUGAGACUAUUCUUUUUAUGCUUUUAAGCAGAUGAAGCUUAGCUCAAAUAAAUCAGAUUGCAUGUGCUGCAUGAGCAUGAUCAUUCAUCUAUAGAAAAAGAAGAAAAGGAAAAAUAUGAGCACAGUCAGUCAUUUCACCCACACACAAUCACCUGUUCAAUCCCAACAGUUCUUCUCUCCGUCUCCACUAGAUGUCAGGAAAAGUCUGGAUAACAGCGGUCAGUGCUGCAAGGAGACACACAGCCAAGAUAACGCUGGAGUGGCUUUGACACAAGUCUCUGACUGUCCUUAAGUGGACCAGGCCUAAACCUCAUCGAACAUCUGUGGAGAGACCUGAAGAUGACAGAGUUUGAGAGGAUCUGCCGGGAAGAAUCUGAUAAGCUACCCAAAUCCAGCAAAACUGAUGCUGUGGAUAAGUACAGCCCGGAAGACCCUCGAGCACGGCUGUAGACUCUAGACUUGAGGAGUUCAGCUGUUACUAACAGGGCAAUGCAGCUUUCUUUGCAUUUCUGUGCAUUCGCCAGAUGCUGUGAUAAUUCCAUUUUAACCUCAAAGAAGACAAACUGGGGAGUGUGAUCUGAGGUCAGGGAGAGGAGGGGCCUGCUGUCAACUAUCAGGGGAUAAAAGUCGCCUGUCUGUGUGAAAAAUGAGCUGAGACAAGACCUCUGCUGCCAGCACAGCCUCUGUGAAGAGUUCCCACCCUCAUCUGAAAAGGUCUGAUGGCAGAUAAGGAGGAUUUGCCCAUCGAGGAGGAAGAGGAUGAGAGAAACCUCAACUACAAUCCUCCUGCUCAGAAGUCUUUGCAGGAGAUUCAGGAACUGGACAAAGAUGACGAGAGCCUGGUCAAAUACAAGCAGACCCUGCUGGGGACGGGACCAGUGACAGCAGACCUCUCUGCCCCUAAUGUCUGUGUGACCAGGCUGACCCUGUUAUGUGACGAGGCUCCUGGACCAGUCACCAUGGACCUGACAGGAGACCUGAGCGCUCUGAAGGAGAAGAGCUUCUCCUUACAGGAGGGAGCGAAAUACAGACUAAAGAUACAUUUCAAGGUGAACAGAGAAAUCGUUGCUGGCUUGAGGUACCAUCAUGUGACCUACAGAAAAGGAAUAAGAGUGGACAAGGUGUCAUACAUGGUGGGAAGUUACGGCCCACGGGCGGAGGAGCACGAGUUUCUAAGCCCGAGUGAUGAGGCGCCCAAAGGCAUGAUGUCACGCGGCCACUACCAGAUCAAGUCCUGCUUCAUCGACGAUGACAAGAACAUCUACUUGUCCUGGGAGUGGAACCUCGACAUCAAGAAGGACUGGAAUGAAUAAAGGGAGAGAGAGAGAAAGAGGGAUGAUGCUACUCUCUUCCCUUCUUUCACUCCUAUAUUUCACCUCCCUCUCUUCCUUCCCUUCUUUAACCCACCUCCACGUUGUCCUGUGAGAGCAGCCUUUGCACUGGCCAAAUCAGGUGGCUCUUCUUAUCCUCCUCCUCCUCCUCCUCCUUAUUUUCCUCUUCUACCUUUUCUUCCUUGUCUGUUUAAUUCAGGUCUCCUGAAACUUGGGAGCAGCUGAGACUUUUAGAGGAGAGAACCCCUCCUCUUUCUCUCUCUGCCUUUUAUUCCUACCUUACAUCUACAUCUAUAUUCCAUCCAUCCUAGGUUAUCCACACGAUGGAGUCAUCAUUCCUUCGCAUCCUGUCAUGUAUCCAUACCUUCAUACAGCAGCAGUGGAUGGUCUUCAAAAGCAGGUGAUAAAAGGAAGUCACUUGUGGCACAAAAGGAAAUACAAUGCAUAAAUAGCAAAGUCCUUGAAUGACAGCUAAAGUGAAAUAGACGCAUCAGUAAGCCGCAGAAGCUGCUGUGGUGGCUGUUCUCAGUAGCCUGUAAGGUUCCUAUAUUAUUAUUAUUAAUACUGUAAAGUCGUGAUAUACUGCAACAUUGUUCAGUUUACUGAAACAAGACGCACUGAGCUGUGUGCAGUACACUUACAACAACAUUCAAUAUCUGUCAAGCAGACUUUCCCAGAAAGAAGAGAUGAUAUAUAGGAAUACAGAUUGCAUUGUGGUGCUCAGCAGGAAUUCUGGAUUCACACGUCAGAACAUUUGAUAAAAUGUUCAUCAGUAAAACAGAGCUGAGCCGGGGUUGUAGAGGGAGAGACAUGAGGCAGAGAUACUGUAAGAUAGUCAUUGUAGUUUGGAUUUAUAUCCCUGAUCACCACAGUGAGCUGGAGCUGCAGCCCGUGGAGGCAUUUCAGGGACCUUCACCCACUUAGCGCCCGAUUGUCGCCGUUUGUGUUGAGAGUCACUCUCCUUCACUGAGUCAUAACUCAGUCAAAUCCGAACACACAGACGUGAUACAGAUAUUUUUAUAUUCAGUGUGACCUGCACUUCUUGAGGGUAUAAUGAUGAUGAUGAUAUCCAUUGCAAAUAAAUGUCCAUAAAUCCACUUACAAAUUGAAGAAAAAAAGACAUUCCUGUGGUUGGUAGUAGCUGUAGUUCCAAAACUUAGAGCAUGAUUAUCCCCCAGAUAAAGUGGCAAAUUCCAGUUGUCUCCAUUUUGAGGUGAAGCCCGUGGUGUCAGAAAUGUAACUUUACUUGUCAGUAAGCUCAUGUAUUUCUUUAGUCCCAGCACAUUUUUUAAUCCAUGCCAUAGGGUAUUGAUUGAUUGGUCUGUUGAUUGAUUAGGGGAUGAGGUUCAAGCUUUUUUCUCUUACUUUCAUGUCUUGAUAUUGAUCAUUCUUUGUAACGAUUUUUGUUUUUUUUUUUCCCCCACAAUUCUCCCUUUUUAUUGCAGUAAACAAACCAAACACACACAUACAUUUUUUUAUAUCAGUAUACGUCAUCAGCUACAGUUGAUAAAAGAUAAACAAGUCAGAUUCACCUCUUCUCCCAAUGUGCCCUACAUGCAUAAGAUCUUGGACUUGUGUGUUUUGUUUUGUUUUUCUUAAAGUUUAAAAAAAAAAAAAAAAAAAGUUAUGUUUGCUUUCAAAGCACCAGUCUUCACGAGUCUUUGUGGAGCUUUUUGAAAGAGCAGACUACUUAAAGACUGGAACUGAACUGUGUAUAUUGUAGAAAGAGAUGCAUGUAUGUCCUCAAGGAUUUGAUGCUAUUCACUCAUCAAAAAUGAACAGAAUUAGCCCUUUCUAAUCCUCUCUCAUAUACCAAGGACACAAGAUGUGAAUAAAAAUCUGCUUUGAACAUUUUAAUGAAACAUUUUAAGAUGGUAGCUGGAAGACAGUGGAGUACUGUCAGAGAAGUAUAUCAAGGGAUUAAUUAAUUCCCCUUAAAAAAUAAAAAAUAUCAUUGAUGUGUUUAGUCUUUGGAUAUGAUAUUGUCAUUGUUGCUGAACAUAAUGAACAUUGAAAUACCAUUUGAAAUCGUUGUGAUCUAAGACUAACUGUAAAUGUUGGCUUGUUGAGUGUUGCAUGGUUUAACAAAAUUCUCUCUUCCUUUUUUUACAACUUCAAUGUAAAAAUUUAAUGUGAUUUAAACAAAACAAAACAAAAAAAAAAGGAAAAAAGAAAGAAAAGAUACCAAUGCAAUAUCCAGAUGUCAAUUGUUGCCAGAUACUGCGGAUGCAGUAUUUACAGGGAUAUUUUUAAAGGCACAGAUAGCUGGAAAAUCUUUCUGUGUCUCCUGCCCCCAGCCUGUAACAAUCAAGUGCUGCAUCUUCAAAUAUUGGUGUCAAAUUGAGUAUCCUGUAUCUUUUAAUAAAGGCAAUUCAAACAACCA